AUGGAAUUCAGCAGUCUCAAAGAGCAGAGAACAGAAGCGCACGACGCUGCUGAAGCGAGAGCGGCUGCUGCUGCCGCUUCGGCUCAAGCUGAGUCCGACUCAGCUUCCAACUCGCGUUCUUCUUCUUCAUCGUCCUCAUCGCAGCCGACUUCGUCUCGGCGCCGAAUGCGAACACCUCAAAGCAAUGCUACAACAGCUGGCGUUGGCGCCACUGAAGCCGCUGCAGAGACACCAUUUGGCCAAGCAAUGGCCAAUCCAACAGACCAAGAUGACGGUCACACGCAACCCCUCGAGGACGGAUCCUUACCAACACCUGGCCUCGGCUCAGCUGAGCAUGUUCCACUGACUUCAGCCUCCUAUGACGAAGUGAGCACACCGGAAACAGAAGAGAAGCCUAUGAAAGCGCAUAACCUCCUUCAAGCAACAGAGCUACUUCAAGCUGGCGGCAAUCCACUCUCCCCCUUCGCACCAGCUCCGAUCCUGCGACUCAAUGCGGUUCGCAUCUCUGGCGCCGGUCGCGCUCUUCGUCCCAGCUACCUCGCUUCUCUCUGUCGGCCCUACAUGGAUCCUACACUAUCAACCCAAAACCCAAACACCAGCAUCCUCAAUUUGCUCUACUACGGCUCUCGUACAUCACACGUCCUCCCCGGCCAACCUACGACAUUGCCGUCGAUCCUGGCAUUGACAUCCUCUCUUGCGGGUGAUCUGGACAAGCUCGACGUGUUCCGAAACAUCGAGGCGUCCCUCGCUCCAUCCGUAUUUCCAGGAGCGACCGAGGAGGACGUCGAUGUGAUUCUGGCUUGCGGCAAACCCAAAGGACGCGUCUUCCUCAAAUCAUCUACGGACGUGGGCAACGGUGAAGGGUCAGCUUCCGUUCAAGGUCGGAUUCGCAACGUGCUUGGGGGUGCCGAGACCUUGCAAGGGAGCGCCACCUUUGGCACACGAACCAAGCAAGCCUUCAACCUGGAGUUUGGUGGACCGCUCGCAGGCAACCCAGACAUCGAAUACAAGUUGGCAGCGUUCUCGCACGAUCGAGACUAUUCAGCCUUCGCUUCGCUUUCGGAAGCCGUCAAAGGAGUACGUGCCAGCAUCAACAGCUCGUACACCGACGAGCCAAAGGGCAUCAUCAAUGCUGCAGAGGACGAUGAAGCGACAGCGACGACAACAACGCAGCACGAAGUGGCGUACGAAGCAUCGUUGAGGGAGUUGGGUAGGGUGAUGGGCAACGCGAGCGUGGCAGUGCGGAAGAUGGCGGUGUCGCCGAGCGUCAAGUCUGCGCUCAGUUGGACUUGGGUCAGGGAAGGUAGGGAUAGCCCUGUGCUGCCGAGUAGGGGAAGCAAGGUGAGGACGGUGCUGGAGUAUGCUGGAUUGGGCGGUGAUGCCCAGCAUUUCAAGGCGGAGGUUGAGGCGAGCACCGGUCGACAUUUCUCACCCUUGCGGUGGCUGUUCCGUCCAACAACAUCGCCUUCCACACCUUCACCGUUCCCCGAAGAAAAGUCAUCCGAAGCAAAGUCAACUUCCGUCGACACAGACUCCACCCUCCCUUCACUCACCCCAUCCCUCCACCCAAUCUACUCCACCCUCACCUUCCGCUCCGGCCUCCUCCACCCCCUCACCUCCUCCCCCACCCACUUCUCCGAUCGAUUCCAGCUCGGCGGACCUACAUCGCUCCGCAUGUUCCGCCACUCGUCGCUAGGCCCCAAGUCCGACGGCGACUCGCUCGGCGGCGACGCCUUCUGGUCGCUCGGCCUGUCGCUGCUAUCCCCCAUCCCGCGCAAACCGCACUGGCCGCUGAUGCUGCACACCUUCUUCAACGCCGGUCAGAUGUGUCAGUUCCCCACCAGCACCGGGAAGGAGUACGCGAGAGGAUGGAGCGAGUUGGUCCAGCCGAGCACGAGUGCAGGCGUGGGGCUGGUGUACAUGCAGGGUCAGUUGCGGGUCGAGUUGAACGCAGGUGUACCGCUCACCGCGAGGAAGGGCGAUGGAACCAGUAAAGGUCUUCAGCUCGGUAUCGGGAUCGAUUUCUUGUAA